AAAAUAUUUAUCAUUAUGAAGCUGUUGAUCUUUGUUUUUGUGUUCAUCGCCUUUGCGUCCAGUGCUUUAGCCUUGAAAAAUGCUAUCUGUGGGUUUCCCCACUCUCGCAAUGGUGAUGGCCAAAUCUCCUGUGAAGCCUAUAUACCAAGUUGGUCCUACGAUAGUAAUCACAACGAGUGCAUCAAAUUUAUCUACGGCGGCUGUGGAGGCAACGACAAUCGAUUCGAUUCCAAGGAAAAUUGUGAAGAAGAGUGUUUGCAAUAAAAUUAAGUGAACAAAAACUAAAAAAAAAA